CUCAGCCCUAAAAAUUAUCCCUAAAAAUUAAAAAGCCCCAGUUCUCAAUUAGUUUCACAGUUCUGAGAAUUUCUCUCUCUGUCGCUUGAUCCUCUUUGAUUCAGGGAAGACUUGUGAAGUGUCGUAUCAACAAUUGAUACUUUCGUGAUCGUUGCUUGCAAUUUUGUGCCUUUCUGUGUGGUUGACAAGCGAUUAAGCAUUGAAAUCUGCUUGUUUCUUUAUAAUGGAGCUACGAAAUGCUAAGAAAGAUGAGAAUGAGAAAACCCUUGAGGCCUCGGUUGUUGAGAAUGAGAUAACUCUUGAGGCCACGGUAGUUGGGAAUGAUAAAGAUGCCGGGAAGAAUGGGGAAGUGGUGGUUGAAGCUGAAGCUGGAAACGAUGAGAAUGAGGUUGUAGAAACCUCUGCUGGAGAAAAAAGUAAGGAAGAUGAGAAGUCUGUCGAAACUUCCAUGGAUGGGAAACUGGAGGACACAGCCUCAAAAGUACCCUCUGUUAUUGGUUCUGUUGAGGAAAAUAAAACAGAGAAUGGGACUGUUAAAGAACCCUCUGUUCUUGCUUCUGCUGAUGCAAGUUCCUCUGGAAUGGAAAAGCCAAAGGGAUUACUGGCGAAGAAGAAGAUUGUUAAGAAAGUUAAGAAGCUAGUGAAAAAGAAAGUCGUAAAAGGCUCUGCUGUUCAAGUGGCUGGUGAAGAGAAUGUCACUGUAGAAGAAAGUGUUAAGAAAGACGAACAAAGUGCAGAGCCUUCUUUUGGUGAAAGCGAAAACGAAACAAAGAAGGUUGUAGAGUCUGUUGCAGAUUCUCCUCAAUGUUCUUCUGGAAAAGAAAAAGAUUCCGAAACUUCUCUUGGAGAAGAUGAUAUGGAAUCUAAGAAAGAACUUGAAGAAUCUGCAGAAGCUCCUGAAGAUGAUGAUGAAAAUGUCUCUGGAGCCGAACCUUCAGGUGAAAAAACGCUAGAAGAGGUAAAGGGAAAAGCCAAUACUCUGAAGAGUGUUGGGAAGAGAUUGCUUAAGGGGCAGAAAGUCAAAGGCAAUUUUGCUCAGGGAUCUAAGGAAGGAGACACCGGAGCUUCUUCAGGAGGAAACGUGAUGGAAGCUGAGAAAGCUAUUGAUGUUUCUGUUGAAGCCCCUGAAAAAGUUUUGUCAGUGCAAAAGAAACAACCAAAAAAACUGAGAAGGAAUGCCAAACUAAAAAAGACUCUAGCAGCACCGUUAGCUAAAAACGUAGGUGAUAAUGGAACUCCUAAGCUGGAGCAGAAUAACAACUUGUUAGCUGUAAACGAGCAAAGCAAUGUUGUUGAGAAAUCCAAUUCGCUGGAUGUGAAUACUAAUGAAGGAGGCCAACAAAAAAAUUUGGAUAAAACUGGCUUGGCUGAGGGCAAGAGACGCAAAAGGAAGAGAGGGGGAAAAAAGGUUAUAGAUUCAAACAAGAAACAAAGGAACGAGGUAGUAGCUGUUGGAGAUGUAACUCAGCAAAGAGUGGACGAGGGCAAAAAGCAGCCUGUUGACCCUGAGAAAAGGGAAAUGGCUGAGCAAGGAAAAGAGAAGAUUGCUGGAUUGAUCUUCAUGUGCAAUGCGAAAACUAGACCCGAUUGUUUUCGGUUCAGUGUGAUGGGUGUACAAGAGAAAAGGAAAGAUUAUGUCAUGAGUAUCAAGCCUGGGAUUAAGCUUUUUCUCUAUGACUACGAUCUCAAACUUCUCUAUGGAGUUUUUGAAGCAUCCUCUGCGGGUGGGAUGAAACUUGAGCGCAAUGCUUUUGGUGGAUCCUUUCCCGCUCAGGUGCGCUUUAAGGUCGUUAGAGAUUGCUUACCGUUGCCUGAGAGCCAAUUCAAGAACGCAAUAAAGGAGAACUACAACAACAGAAACAAGUUCAAAACAGAAUUGACUCGUAAGCAGGUAUUCAAGCUUACAAAGCUUUUCCGACCAGCUCCUCUCCCUACACAACUAACCCACACUCUGCCAAUCCUGGUUCCCCGUGAUGUUGAUGAGAAAAGAUCCAACAGAGACCGUUAUGCUCCUGGCAGCAGCAGAACUCACCUUACCCGCACUCAUGAAAGGAGCCGCAAUGCUUCACCUCCUCCACGCAGAGAAGAACCACCUCGUGAUUUAUAUCUCAGUGAAAGAGAGUACCGGAAAUACGGCUUAAGAAGAGGAGAAACAAUCCAGCAUUACCCAAUUCCUCCUCCUGAUUCUUCUUACCGAGACCGUGUUCCUUUGGAUUCCUACCGUCCAUCUGUGGACCAUGAGCGUCUUUUGGACCAUGAGCGUCUUUUGAGACAUGCAGAGAUGGAGAGGCAUGACCGUAGAGAAGUACGUUCUCUUCAUUUACCUGAGAGAGACUACCACCCGUAUGAACUUCUAAGUUCUAGAAGGGAAAUCCUAGCUCGAAACUCUCCUGAGCCACAAGCUUCAUCAGCUAUUGCUCUGGACUCAUACAGGAGAGACCCGUAUUACAGAUACGAGUACCGUUCUCCGGAAAGACCAUCAAGAACAUACCUGGCUCCUUCGGGAAGAGAAGGCGAUGAUUUGUAUUCCAGGUAUGUUACAGCGGAUUCAUUGGCUGAGUACUACCGAUCAUCGCGUAGUAGAUUCCCUGAAUCUGAGCUUCUGCCUUCAUCGGUAACAUCCGGGUAUGUUUAUUCAGGGUCUUUGCCUUAUUCUCACCGUUGAUUUCAGACUCUGUAAUUUUAUCUCUCUCCCUCUCUCUCUCUCUCUCUGUGACACUCUCCUUUGGAUGGAUUGGAUUGGACAUGCAUGGUUGGUUUAACCGAACUUGUAAUGUUUAUUACUUGGUCAUUGUACCAAUUGGCUUUGCCAAAUAAUACUUUCUCAGAUAGUGCUUGAUUCAAGAGAAUAGCUUAUACAAAGUUUUUUGUUAUA